AUGCAUAAAGUUCCCUUUCGAACGGAUCCAUUUGAUCAAGAGUGUGUCCACCACAAAUUGGAAAUACCCGACGAUUACACCCAAAGCACAAUUCGGACCUACGAUCCUCCGUCGGCCACGACCCACAACGAACAGUGCCCACUGCAAUUCUCCUUGGGGUUGUCCCGGCGGUCGGAACGCACCAAACAUGCCGAUCAAUCCUUCACCGUGGUCGAUCCUCCCGUCAUUUUUCCCAUCCUUCCAGCGGAUGGACCCGGGAGACAAAUUUUGUUCACUACGCAAUACGAACAUUUGGAAUUAAUGACCACGGCCAAGGGAGCUUCCAUGAAUGCAGACAUUAAAGAAGGUCUGGUGGAACAUGUGGAAUUUCCACUCUUGUUUGAAUCCAGUUCCUUCUUGACGUCUCCCAUUAUUAGUGACGUCAAUCAAGAUGGAAUUCCAGAUGCCAUCUUGACGGAUUACGAUGGUGGAAUUUAUAGCAUUGGAUUGCAAAACAAGGAAGGAAAACGUUGGUUCGAACGAACCCAAGUGCCGCGGAUCUAUGUCCGACGCAAGUGGAUGGAAAGUUUGGUCAAUGAAACACUGGGAAUUGAAGUGAAUGUCAGCGAGGAUGAAGAACCAAACCCGGAAGAUGGUGAGGAGGGUGCUCCCAAGGACCAAACCUACAAGGCCGAAAAGCCACACGAUCCUUACCAUUCUCGAUUUGAUUACAUUUAUGGAACACCAAGUCAUCAUGAGAAUAUUUUGAGAGGCGUUUCGGCCGGUGUCAUUGGUCAAGAGUUGGAACAAGUCAACACUUUGGAGCAGAGACGACGUCGACAAGUCCAACACAAUGAAUUCCUUCCGAUAGAAGAGGAUAGUAUUCCAGAGGACAAUUCCGAAAUAAAUCCCGAGGACAUUCCAGAUUACAUGCCCGAAAAGGUAGACGCAGAACAUCGGAGGCUGCAAGAGGUAGGAAUAGUAGAUGCCAGUCACCGACGACUCCAAGAAGUGACGGAAGAGGAGGAGCAAAAAGAAGGUUGGCAUCCACCUCCCGUGGAAGAAUAUGUGGAACAAGUCACUGAAGGGAAUGAAGAGCAAGGGAAUCAACACGAGAGAGAAAACAUCUAUGGGGACGAUCAAUUGCAGUACAUUGACGAUCAUCCAGAGAAGGAUGCUGCUGCCAUUCCAGAAGAUGAUACAUACAAUGGGGAUUACAAUGGAAACUUUUAUGGAGAUGAUGAACCAAGGACUGGUGAGAUGGAUGACCAUUAUGGAAUGUACGAUGACAUGUAUGCUGGCAGGUAUGGUGGCAAGUACUAUCAUUCCGAGCACGAUGAGUACUACAAGGAUGAACAUUAUGUCCGGCUCCCUCCACACAUUCUCGCCAACCCCACACUCAUGGAAUUCCCCAAAAUGUACAAUGACAAUGGGGAGCACGAAUACCAAUUGUUUGUUCCAGUCUCCUAUUACAUGGAUGAAGAUGAAUACGAAGGUUUCUUUUCCUACAAACGAUUUGAUGAAACGGAUAUUGGAGAUGAGACCGAAGUCCAACGAGGCAUGUAUGUGGCCAGUGCCAUUAUGGUCUACCAAUUCACUGAAUACAGCAACCGUUGGGGUCGUCAAGAGCAUUUGGAUUUGAGUGGUGAUCACUCGGCACCAGUGAAUGCCACUUUGGUGGGUUCCAUUCCGUUACGCCAAGAAAAUACCAAAAUGGGUGCCUUUGCUCUGAGCAGUCCAACAGUAGCCGACAUUGAUGGAGACGGUACUUUGGAAGUCUUGAUGGGAACCAGUAUGGGAAUUGUGUACUGCGUGGAUGGCCGGAACUUGUACAAAAAGGAUGGUUGGCCGGUCCAGUUGGAGCACCCAGUGGAGUCGCGAAUUUUGGUAGAAGAUGUUCGAGACGAUGUCAAUCUCGAGAUCUUUGUCGCGGAUGUUGCUGGCAACAUUAUUUGUCUAGACGAAAAAGCAAAGUUGUUGUGGCGCCGCGACCUUGUUGGUAGCUUGCACUUGGGAAACACUGCCGAAGUCAUUGCAGCCAGCCAAAUGGUCAUGGGAGAUGUGGAUGGAGACGGUAUUUUGGACAUUGCAAUUGUGAUGAAGUUGCGUACUGGGGAAACACAGGUAGCCAAUUACCUUUUUGCAAUUACUGCGGACACUGGAAAAGACGUUGCAAACUUUCCAGUGCGGGUCGGCACGACGACGGAUGAACACCAAAAGCAGGUACGGGAAGACUAUGUGGUGGAACGAAUGCCUGCGCCGCUCCUGGUGGAUCUGCACGGAGAUCAAAGCUUUCUGAAUGACUACAUCAGAAGAAAUGGAGCCAAGUGGGUUCGGCCAUUUCGAGGUGUGCCAAGCGCUAAUCUCCAUGGUGGAAGUGCCAAUGGACUGCACAUGGUUUUGCCAAUCGAUGGAAAUGUUGUCAUUAUGGAAGCCGGAUCUGGCUGCUCGCAAAGCGUUGCAAUUGGCGAAGAUGUCCUUGCAAUGGUCCAAGCCGACGAUGUUCAUGGAAAAGGCAGCCUUGACCUUGUGAUAACCACCGCCUCGGGCAACAUACUAACAUUGGAGAGCAAAUCGCCAUUCCACCCAUUGAACGUCUGGAACAACGGCGAUGUGAGAGGAAGGCACAAUGGACAGGCUCAUGGGUACAGCGCUUCACAAGGUAUCUUCGUGCACGAUGUCAGUCGCCAAUACCGCGAUGUCUUUGGCGUUUGGAUUCCAAUCACCUUUGAAAUCUUUGACAACCGGCCCAACAUUAUGAAUGAGCCAGACAAACGAAUCUACAAAGUAGAUCUUCGAGAAGGAAUUGCCAAAUCGCGCUUCCGAAAGACGUACAAUGCAACAGGCGUGUACACGGAGAAAAUGUACAUCUCAAGUGGCCCAGGCUACUACACCAUCAGUGUCAUGCUAACAACGACACACGGAAUCACCUAUGAGGACACCUUCCACAUUGGCUACAAUUUGAGCUACAUGGAAGGUUUUGGGACCUUGUUAUGGCUUCCACUCCUAAUUGGUGCUGCAACCAUUCUUGUCAUGGGUGUCCGACAAGCGCAAUGGGAUGAUGAAGAGUAUGAAGGAGAUGUUCUCGGAAGUCCACUUCCCGAGUAA